AUGAAUAAAGAUAAAGUUAUUAAAAUAAAUGAUAAUGCUGAUAAAAGCAAUUUAAAUAAUUCAGAAUAUAAAAAAAAAAAUGCUAGUGUAAGCAAGUUAAAUGAUAUCAGUAAUAAUAAUAAUGUAAAUAUAAAAGAAGGUAAAGAGAAUAAUAGGAAAAACUUAAAAAAUUGUGAAAAUGAUUUGUCGAUAAAAAGUAAAAAUUUUGAUAAUAAACUUUUGCAAAACAACGUAAGAAAAAAAAUUGAAGAAAAUAAAGUUAAAAAGGAUCAAGAUCAUAGACCAAAAGAUAAUAAUGGAGAUUAUAUAAAUAAUUGCGAAAAUAUUGAUAAAAAGAGGAACUAUGAAAAUAAUUAUGAAAAUAAUUCGAAAACAAAUAAUAAAAGUAAAUAUAAACAAAAUAAUAAUUAUGAUGAAAAAUAUGAAAAGGAAAAAGAAAUAGAGAAACAGAAAUAUAAAGAGAAUAUAACAAUUAAAAAAAAGUUGCAUCGAGAUAAAAAUGAUAUAUAUGAGAAAGAUUAUGAAAAUGAAAAAGAUCGAAAUUGUAAAUACAAGGUACAUAAAAAAGAAAUGAAAGAUGAAAGAGAAAAAAAAGAUGGAAGGAAAAAUUAUGAUAAAAAUUAUGAAAAGGUUAAAAAUUGUGAAAAAGAUGAAAAAUGUGAUAAAGACAAAUGCGAAAAAAAAAUUCCAGAUAAAAAGAAAGAAAAAGAUGAAUAUGUAUGUAAUGUAAAUUCUAAAAAAGAUAAAGCAAUAACAGAAAGAAAAAUAUCUAAUGAUAAAUAUGAUAAUAACAAAAAAGAAAAAGUUUAUGAUAAAGAAAAAUAUGAUAAUAAAAACAAUAAAUCAAAAAAAGUUAAAAAUGAAAAUGAUAAAAUUAGAGAGAAUAAAAAUUAUUCAGAAAUGAAUGAUAACAAAAAAAAUAAGUAUGAACAAAUAGGAAAACAUAGUAAUGAAAGAGAAAAAAAUGAAAAAAAAAGAAAUAAAAAAGAUUAUUAUGAUGAUGAAGGAAAAUAUAAAGAUAAAGACUACUACAGGGACAAAUAUAAUGCUAGACAUAAAAAAAGUAGUUCAUGCAACAAACAGAACAAGAAAAAAGAUGAUUUUAAAAAAUAUGAAAAGGGUGAUUAUAAUAAACAUGAAAAAGAUUAUUACAAAAAAUAUGAAAAAGGUGAUUAUAAAAAAUAUGAAAAAAGUUCUAAAAAAUAUGAAAAAGACGAGUUACAUAUAAGAAAAGAUAAUUAUGGAGAACAUGAUAAGAUGAUAAACAAAAAAAAUAAAAUAUAUGAUAUAGAUAGGUACAAUGAAUAUGAAAAGAAUCCUAAGGAAAACGAAAUUUAUAAUGGUAAAAGGAAACAUGAUUCCACAGAAAAGGAAAAAAGCAAUUUCAGAAAAAAAAUUCAUUUAGAAGAUCUAAAACAUUCUGAUUCCUCAAAUAACAAAGAGAACAAAAAAAAUUCAGAAGAUAAAUCUAAGAAUGAAAAUCGUUUAAAAUCAACAAAAAAUAAUAAUGAUAUAAAUAAAAUGGUAAAGGAAAAUGAAGAAUAUAAAUUAAAUAAUUCUAAAAAUUAUCAUGAAAAUAAUUAUAAUAAUCAUGAAUAUGGUAGUAAUAAGUUAAAGAAAAUUAGUAUAGAGAAUGAAACUAAAAAAAAGAAAGAAGAUGAAAAAGAAAAGGAAAGAGAAAACAUAAGUAAUGAAGUUAAGGAAAAGCAAAAUUUUAAUCCAUCUGGUUUAUUGGCAAAAGAUAAAAAUUACAAAAAUGGAGUUGAAUUAAAAUAUACUGAAAGUGUUGAUGCUGAAAUUCCAGAUAAAAAAUGGCGUCUUUAUAUGUUCAAAGAUUGUAAUAACAAUGAGCCUCAAAAAAUAUUACAUAUACAUGAAAAAUCUUGUUAUUUAAUUGGAAAGGAAGAUUUAGUUGUAGAUAUAAAAUUAAAUAAUAUUAGUAUAUCAAAACAACAUGCAGUUAUACAGUUUAAAAGACAUGAAAAUAAAAUUUUACCUUUUCUUGUCGAUCUGAAUAGUACAAAUGGAUCAUAUUUAAACAAUGAACAGAUAGAGCCAAAUAAAUUUUAUGAGUUGAGAGAAACGGAUAUUUUAAGAUUUGGAAGUUCAGUUCGUGAAUUUGUAUUACUUCAUGAUACUUGUCAUAUCAAUUAA